GAACAAAUAAUGAGAUGUCUUUGGUUGAAUUUAAUAACGAAAUAAAAAAACAAAACAUUAAUUUGGCGUGUUUUUGUCAGCGAUAUGUUUGAACGAGGUGCACCUGAAGGCACCACUAACCUUUAGUAAGAAAAGCAGCCGCACAUAUUCUCAGUCAGUCUGGCCACCGGGAACGUGAACGUUUCCCUGGGCUCUAUUUUCAGGAUUGUGGGAGCUGUAGCUGAACCGGUUGUAGAGCUUCUUCCCACACACAGCUCUGUUCCGGUUAACGCUCGCACGCGGGUUUAGUUUUAAAUGCAGAGGAGGGUCCGGCGGAGUCUUGGAGCUACAGCUGCGGAGGGGCGACACACCAGCCGGAGCUCCACGUUGGGUUUCCCCGGAUGGAGUGAAACCUGGAUAGACGACCAUCAACCUGCCGCGAGUUCCUGCACGGAAACCAAUAGAUGAUAGAGGAUACCAUGACCCUGCUGUCGCUGUUGGGUCGGAUCAUGCGUUAUUUCUUGCUCAGACCGGAGACUCUGUUCCUGCUGUGCAUCAGCUUGGCUCUCUGGAGUUACUUCUUCCACACGGAUGAAGUGAAGACCAUCGUCAAGUCCAGCAGGGACGCGGUCAAAAUGGUCAAGGGGAAGGUGGUGGAGAUGAUGCAGAACGAGCGCUUCGGUGGGCUGGACGUCCUGGACGCUGAGUUCUCCAAAACCUGGGAGUUCAAGAGCAACAAUGUGGCGGUGUACUCCAUCCAAGGCCGGCGGGACCACAUGGAAGACAGGUUCGAGGUGCUCACGGACAUCGUCAACAAGAGCCACCCGUCGAUUUUUGGGAUUUUUGACGGCCAUGGAGGAGAGGCUGCUGCUGACUUUGCGAAAGCUCACCUGCCCGAAGCUCUGCGCCAGCAGCUACUGACCUACGAACGGGGGAAAGAGCGAGACCGAGACAAAGACAAGGAGAAAGACGAGAAAAAGGAGGAGGCCAGCUUUUCCUAUCCCACCAUCCUGGAGCAGCAGAUCCUGACGCUGGACAGAGACAUGCUGGAAAAACUUUCUGCCACUUACAACGAAGCAGGCACCACAUGUCUGGUGGCUCUGCUCUCUGAUAAAGAGCUGACUGUGGCGAACGUCGGAGACUCUCGUGGAGUUCUGUGUGAUAAAAACGGCAAAGCCAUUCCCCUAUCGCAUGACCACAAACCGUACCAGCUCAAAGAACGCAAGAGGAUCAAGAAAGCCGGUGGAUUCAUCAGUUUCAAUGGCUCGUGGCGUGUUCAGGGCAUCCUGGCCAUGUCUCGAUCCCUGGGCGACUACCCGCUGAAGAAUCUGAACGUGGUGGUUCCCGACCCCGACAUCAUGACCUUUGACCUGAACAAGCUGCAGCCUCAGUUCAUGAUCCUGGCGUCAGACGGCCUCUGGGAUACUUUCAGCAACGAGGAGGCGGUUCGCUUCAUCAGGGAGAGACUCGAUGAGCCGCACUUUGGCGCCAAGAGCAUUGUCCUCCAGUCUUUUUAUCGGGGUUGCCCUGACAACAUCACCGUAAUGGUGGUGAAGUUUAAAGCCAAGAGCGGAGAAAAGAAGUAGACCGUCCCGCCCACGGCAUGUAUACAGUAUGACGGUUUGAAUUCAUUUAAGGUGGAAGAUUUAAAGCUGCUUUUUGAACAAGAACUAUUUAUAUCGUAGGUAUUUACUGCAGUUUGCUCUUAAAGCUCACCUGAAACACCUUUUCUCUUUUUAACCCUGCGAGUGACACAACGCAACAACUACUCAACUGUGUAUGAGUGCACUGGAACAAGUGGAGGUCAAAUAAAGACAGUAUUCUCGUUGAAAAAAAAUGUAUAAUUUCACUGUAAAGCAAACCCGACUGAGAGAUUUAAACAUUGUUAAUUCCUUUUUUGUCAUUUUGUUACCUGUAAUAUUCCAAAAUUCGUUUUCUUCAUAUGCAGUGACAAAUUGUGUAUUUAAGUGGAAGAAAUGAUGCAAACUUUCAUAUGUUACAUCGUCAUUAUUUAGCCUUAUGCAUGAUAAAUGGCAAAUAUGAGAUUUGUUUCUCUGCAGCAGAGUCUGUACAAGACUUGUUGCACAAAGAAAACUAUAGAUGUUUCUGUUUCUUUUUGAUUAUUUUUUUUUCAUGACUGCUAACAUAUAUAUAUUUUUUAAUUUCAAAUCUCCUUUUAUUUAAAGCUUGUUAGACUUGUAAAGCUGAGCUGCUCCACCAACCUUUUAAGAAACACAAAGAUCAAGACCCAAGUGAUGAAUGUUAUUGUAUACUCUAAUAACAGAGGAUCAGGGGUCUCAAACUCAUUUCAUUGUUUGGCUCCACUCGCCUAAUUUCCUUAACUUGACUUAAAAAAAAAAAAAAAAAAAAAAACUAGUUCUUGCCCAUAUUAUUAUUACUUUUGAUUGUAAAUGAUUAUGUUACAAUGAAAUCUAAGUAAACAGAAUUGUUGUUUUUAGUAACAAAAAUAAUUGUGAAAGUAGAGAAGAUGGAGGUUCCGAGCUGUGGAAAUCAUGAGACAAGAAAAGAUUUGCAGUAAAGGAAAAAGAGGGAAAGUAUUUUAAAAUCUGAAAGUACUUUAUGUUACACUUUUUUUUUUGGUAGAAGUUGAUUCUAUCUGAAAAUAAAGAGCCAAAAGCAUAUUGAGAAAUUUCUUACAAAUUCUAAUAUAUUCAGUUUUAUUUUUAGCACAGAAUUAAAUUCAUAUUUGUAUUUUAAACUUGUUACAGUAAGUAAAAGCUGACAUUUGUCUCCAGUAGGAAAUGGUCAGUUUGCACCAUUUCUUAGAUCGUAAAAUGUUUUAUUUCAUUUUUUUUCAUCUUGUAUUUUAGGGUAUAUGAUAAAAAAAAAAACUCUUUUUUCUGUUUUUUGUAUCCCUCAAACAGUGUUGUGGCCUUCCAAUGAAAUGACAUUGAUUUUGAAACCCCGCUGUAUUCAUAGAAGCUUAAUUUAGAUUAUUUUCCAACACGAAUAAGGUCAUAAAGCAGUCAAAAUCAUAAUUUGUAGUUUUCAUUUUUUCUUGGACAGAAUUUUUAUUUAAUGGCUAAGAAAGCAAUCAUCCAUAAUGACAUAAAUUGCAUAAUUUUUUUUUUAAAUAAACUUUUUCUGAUUUUAAUCUUCUUUUUUUUAAACUGCAUCAUUUUAAAUAAAUAUACAUAUUUUUUUCUUGAACUGUUUAGUUCUUCUGAUUGAUUCCGUUUUUGGUUAAGCGUUCUUUUAUUUUUUCAGUACAUUACAAACUGCAUUUGUUUUUUAUUUUCUCUUAAACUGGUGAAAAUAUAUCAGAUGUUUGAAUGAAGUUGCCUUAAUUUUUUUUUUUUUUUUUUCUGCCAAAACUACUUGUCAGCUAAAUGCAUAUGAUCGUGCAGGGCAGGAUGCACGCUCUCGGUCUGUACCUCAGUCAUUCAGAUAUCAUGGAGUGAAUGUGUUCAUGAAACCUAAAGAUGAAUGUAAAUAGCGUCCUCACGUGAAUACCAGCUCUACCCAGACACACACAGACGCCCCUGAUCCUGAGCGAACUGCAGAGAUGUAUAUACGUCCAGAUAAAACUGUUAGUGCUUAUUUUUAGGACACAUUUACCCAGAUCAUGUAAUGAUGUACCCCACUGAAUGUUUCUUGCAUUUGUUAUUUGUUUGGGUGACUUUAAUACAUGACUGCUAACAUUCUAAGAAACUGAACAUUUCAAAUUUGAAAACCACCAAAGUGACAUAAUAAAUGAUUGUCACUCUUGUGGAGUUUUUUUAUAAGUUAAAAAUUAAGGUAACUAUUGAAAUGGAUAUUGCAAAGUCAGAAAAAAACAAGAUUUGUUCAUCAAUAUUGAGACAUAACCAUGACAAAAUAAAGUUUGUAUGAAAUUCA